CUGCUGGAGGCGGCCGAGUACCUGGAGCGCAGGGACAGAGAGGCCGAACACGGCUACGCUUCGGUGCUGCCCUUCGACGGCGAUUUCGCCAGGAAGAAAACAAAGGCGGCCGGCCUGGUGCGCAAGGCCCCGAACAACAGGUCUUCACACAACGAACUAGAAAAGCACAGACGAGCCAAACUUAGGCUCUACCUGGAGCAGCUCAAGCAGCUUGUGCCCCUGGGCCCUGACAGCACCCGCCAUACCACGCUGAGCCUCCUGAAGCGUGCCAAGAUGCACAUCAAGAAACUGGAGGAGCAGGACCGCAGGGCACUGAGCAUCAAGGAGCAGCUGCAGCGGGAGCAUCGCUUCCUGAAGCGGCGCCUGGAGCAGCUGUCGGUGCAGAGCAUGGAGCGAGUGCGCACAGACAGCACUGGCUCUGCCGUCUCCACAGAUGACUCGGAACAAGAAGUGGACAUAGAGGGCAUGGAGUUUGGCCCCAGUGAGCUGGACAGUGUUGGCAGCAGCAGUGACGCAGAUGACCACUACAGCCUGCAGAGUGGCGGCUGCAGCGACGGCGGCUAUGGCCCCCCCUGCCGGCGGCCUGGCCACCCUGGCCUCUUGUAGGCCUGUGCCCUCUGCUCCUUGGCCUGCCUGCCCGCCUGGCCCAGCCUGUCCGCCCUCCAGUCCUUCCUUGACCGA